CCUCCGAUGCCUCCCAAUUUCCCAACCCAUCUCCUCUCCUCUCCAUCUGAAGCCUGAACUGCCUUCUUCUUCCUCAGCUCCGGCUUCCUCCAACCUCAAGAGCAAGCUAAUUCCUUACUCAAUUCCUUACUCAACUAGCCAGCUAAAACCUCCCAUCGAUCAGCAAACUACCAAGCUCACUGACAUGGGCAGCCUCGACUCGACCCCGGCCACCGCCUUCGCUGCCAUCGUCGACGAUAAGGCGGAGCCAUUCCAGCCGCUCAACACCGACGAUGUCAGGGCCUACCUCCACAAGGCCGUCGACUUCAUCACCGACUACUACACCAACGUCGAGUCCUUCCCCGUGCUCCCCAACGUCAAGCCGGGGUACCUCCAGGACAUGCUCACGUCCUCCCCGCCGUCGCACUCGGCUCCCUUCGACGUCGCCAUGAAGGAGCUCAGGACCUCCGUGGUGCCCGGCAUGACCCACUGGCAGAGCCCCAACUUCUUCGCCUUCUUCCCUUCCACCAACAGCGCCGCCGCCAUCGCCGGGGAGCUCAUUGCUUCCGCCAUGAACACUGUUGGGUUCACGUGGCAGGCGGCCCCGGCCGCCACGGAGAUGGAGGUGCUCGCGCUUGACUGGCUCGCCCAGCUCCUCCGCCUGCCGACGACGUUCAUGAACCGGACGAGCUCCGGCCGUGGCACCGGUGGCGGCGUCAUUCUUGGCACCACGAGCGAGGCCAUGCUCGUCACGCUCGUCGCAGCCCGUGACGCCGCGCUGAAGAGGAUCGGCUCUAAUGGAGUUGCUGGGAUCACGAGGCUGGCUGUGUACGCUGCUGACCAGACCCACUCCACGUUCUUCAAGGCGUGCCGUCUCGCCGGCUUCGACCCGGCCAAUAUCCGGUCUAUCCCCACCGGGGCGGAGACAGAUUAUGGGCUCGACCCGGCGAAGCUUCUCGAGGUCAUGCAGGCUGAUGUGGACGCCGGCCUCGUGCCGACGUACGUCUGCGCCACCGUGGGCACCACCUCCUCCAACGCGGUUGACCCGGUCGGCGCUGUCGCCGAUGUCGCCGCCAUGUUUAAUGCCUGGGUCCACGUGGAUGCCGCUUAUGCUGGCAGCGCGUGCAUCUGCCCGGAGUUCAGGCACCACAUUGACGGUGUCGAGCGUGUGGACUCCAUCAGCAUGAGCCCGCACAAGUGGCUGAUGACAUGUCUAGACUGCACGUGCCUUUAUGUCCGUGACGUGCACCGCCUGAGCGACUCGUUGGAGACUAACCCUGAGUACCUGAAGAACGACGUCACCGACUCCGGCGAGGUCACUGACCUCAAGGACAUGCAGGUCGGCGUCGGGCGGCGCUUCCGUGGGCUCAAGCUCUGGAUGGUCAUGCGCACCUAUGGCACCGCUAAGCUCCAGGAGCACAUACGCAGCGACGUUGCCAUGGCCAAGAUGUUCGAGGACUUUGUUUGCGCCGAUGACAGGUUCGAGGUGGUCGUGCCGAGGAACUUUGCUCUGGUGUGCUUCAGGAUCAAGGCGAAUGGUGCCAUGACCGAGGAAUACGCCGACGAGUUGACCCGCGAGCUCAUGGAGAGGCUCAACAAGACCGGCAAGGCGUAUCUCGCACACACAGUGGUGGGUGGCAGGUUCGUGCUCCGGUUCGCUGUGGGCUCAUCAUUGCAAGAGGAGCGACACGUGCGAAGCGCGUGGGAGCUCAUCAAGAAAACCACCACCGAGAUCAUAGAGGAAGCGGAGCACUAGAUGACCAAUCGACUGCAAUAUGCCCGUUUGAUUAAUUAAUUAUUGUUUGUUUGGAGUAAUAAGUUUGGAUUGUCUAUAGCUCGUUCGACUUGAAAAUAGUUAUUUCUCCAUCGUCGUUGAUAGCCGUCCAAUCAAAUCCUCUCAUGACGAUUUUUAACGGUGACUUAGGAAUAGUCGUUAUUUUCCAGUUGCCGAAGAAAUAGCAAAGCUGUAAGGGGUGCCGGUGCAUGAUCCAUCCAGUACAAGGACGGACAACUGGUAUGUUAAAUAUUAGUCUCUGAUCUCUAUUGAAUAUAUAAGGAUAUAAUUGUAAUUUUGUCAGGAAGACAAGAGCCUAUCUCUCUAGUAUAUUGUUCUCUCAAGACUGUAUCUGAUGAAUUUUCUUUGUCACAAAUUAAGUGGUUGUAUGAACGUGUAUUUUGCAAAAA